AUCAAAUAUUUUAUCUUCUUCGUUUCUCUCAGGUCUAUUAUUUGCUCUCAUCUUUUUUUUUUGAGGUAAUUGCUUCUUCUAAACCAACCAGAUUUGCAGUUUCUGGAGAAAUGGAAUUUGUGAACAGCUCUCCACCAAGAUAUGAAUGUCUCCUCUUUGAUUUGGAUGAUACUCUUUAUCCUUUAAGCUCUGGUUUAUCAGAUGCAUGCACCAACAACAUUAUAGAAUUCAUGGUUGAAAAACUUGGAAUAGAUGAAGAUGGAGUCGUCGAACUAAACCAUAUUCUUUACAAGAAAUAUGGAACUUCAAUGGCUGGUCUUAAGGCUAUAGGUUAUGAAUUCGAUAAUGACGAGUACCACAGCUAUGUUCAUGGUAGAUUACCUUAUGAAAACCUUAAAUCGGACCCGGUUCUAAGAAGUCUCCUCCUUGGUCUACCUUGUCGAAAAUUGGUUUUCUCGAAUGGAGAUGAAGUUCAUGUGAUGAAGGCUCUAAAAAGACUCGGCAUUGAAGACUGUUUUGAAAGAAUCAUAAGUUUUGAUACCUUAAACCCUAUCAACGAAGCUGAGGUUUCUUGCAUCACAGGUCAUCUUCCUGAGAAUCCGGUUAUCUGUAAACCAACCGAGAUUGCUUUCGAGAGAGCCUUCAACAUUGCACAGCUCAAUCCUCACAAAACCUUGUUCUUCGACGACAGUAUCCGGAACAUCCAAACCGGGAAAGCCGUUGGUCUCCAUACAGUCUUGGUUGGUAAAUCAGAAAAAAUAGAUGGAAGUGAUUACGCGUUAGAAAGCAUUCACAACAUGAAAGAGGCAUUUCCCGAGUUAUGGCUGGAAUCCAAAAUCAACAACAAAGAAACUGAAAGAAUUGAUUACGCUGCACAGAUCUCGAUUGAAACUUCUGUUCAAGCUUAGCUUUACAUAUUUAUUUAGUAGUACGUAUAUGAUGAUAUUUACAUAUUAAUAAAUGUUUCAAUAAAAAAUCCAUGUACCG